AGUACCAGCCCAACCCUGGCUUUCCCUGCUCUUCCCCAGGGCACAAUCCUGGUGGCUCUGACCUUAGCUGGGAAGCUGAGAUCACCAUGGGCAACAAGAGAGUGUUGCUGAGGUUCCCCUUUAUUCCUCCCACAGGUGUUUGAGCUCAGGGCUUUGGGUACUAUGGCUUGGGAUGCAGCCUUGAGAAAGGGGGAAUGCUGAUGGCAGAUGGAAGCCAACUGACUAGAAGGGCCACAAACAUUCUAGGGAGCAAGUUGGCUGUAAUGGUUAGCAGGCCUUUAAAUUAGGUAUGAUGGGGGAAGGGGUGUUCUGUGUGAUAGAGAAGCGUGUGGGAAGGCUGUCACCUUGGGAGGUGGUAGGGGAAAACCCCAGACUUGUCCUGGAGGUAUUAGGGAGGGCUCUUCUGAGAAGGCAACAAGGCCUAUAGCUGAUCUGAAGCGUCUCUCUACCAAUGUGCCCAGUAUGGGAAAUAAACAGGAGAAGCUGGUAACCAUGGCAUAAUUGGGAAAGCAUGACCUAUUUGCAAUCACAAAAACAUAGUGAGAUGAAUUUCAAGCUUGGAAUGCCCUGAUGAAGGACUACAGGCUUUACAGAAGGGAUGGUUAGGAGGGGUUGGGGAGUUGCCUUUUAUGUUAGGAAUUGGGUGGAUUGCAAAGAGCUGUGUCUGAGGAACAGCCAUGAUCAGGUCAAGAGUUUGUGGGUUAAAAUUAAGGAUUGGUGCAGUAAUAUCUUUACCAGAAUAUUUACACAUAAGGUUCAGACCUUCACUUGCUUUGUCUGUUUUUUUUUAUUUUGUUUUGUUUUGGGUAUGUUGUUGUUGCUGUUUUAAACACUAUUGGCCAAAAAAGAAAACAAAUAAACAAAAAAAGUAAAAUUAAUAAUUUUCAUGAUGUGUUAAUUGUUGCGUUAAAACUUUCAACUGGUUGAUGUUAGGAAACUUGAAAACAUAGCAGGUUCUGUCUCUUUAAUUUCAGCUACUUGUGGUGAAGAGCAGGGAAAUGCCUUAUCGGGAUGCAGUUUUAGCAGUUAUCUGACAGUGUAUUGUCAGCUAACAAGAAACAACGGUAGAGGAUUGUAUCCCUUGUGUGAAACUCAUCAUUUACAUCUUUAAUACUUAGUAGUUAAUGUUCAGGAGCUCACAAGCCUGUGAGCAAAACAGCUGCUGAACUGAUGGUGAAUGUUUGUCUUCCUCCUCUGUCCUGCUGUGGCUGUCACUUGCCUCACAGCAAAAGCAGGAAAGCCUAGGCAGCAUGGCUGUUCUCAGACCUACUUCCAAAGCUUACUGGGUAAGCAUGUGUUCCUGCUGGGGGGGAGUUUGGUGUAUGCUAUUUCAGCCCCAGGGUUCUGAGCCAGCCCCACCUGGGUGGGGCAACAGGUCACAGAAGGGCCCUUUGUGACCUAUCCCUGUGACACACAGAAACAGCUGGCACCACCCUGGAGGCACUUCAGUGUCCGUUUGGACAGCGAGGUGACAGGGCAGGAGUGUUGGGUUUGGCGAGGAGCUCCCAAGCGCAGCCCACAUCGUUUCCCUUUACCCCUGGCAGCCCCGUGGCUGCUACCUUCCCAUCCUUAGCCUUCAUCUCACAGGAUGGAGGAGAGACCCCCCAGGUACCCCAGGGUGGCCUGGGCAGAGAGUGUGGCUCCCCAGGAGAGAAGACCUCCAGUGGAGUCUGAUGAAGUGACCGAGAUGCAGUCAUUGCAUGCUGAUGCUGACUGCCUGCCUCCUGGUGCAAAGGAGGAGAAUGAGGAGAUGGAGGAGAAGGAGGCCUUAAGUAUCAUAGAAAACUUCCUCAGGAGAACAGAAAAGGAGGAUAAGCUCAAGGUGAUGUUCCUGGAGAGCAUCUGCAGCAUUGCUAGAAUCAGCAAAAACAAGGGCUUUUGUGACAGCCUGGCUAUUUUCUGCCGUAAGAAGAAAUUGGCAGAGAAAGUCAAGGAGCUGCUGGAAAAUGAGCCCAUGGACCAGCUGUGCACAGCAGUGCGGUACCAAGCCAUGCUUGCAGUCGCUGCCUUGAGUGAAAUGAAGGCCAUUUCGGAGGAUGAAAUAAUGCCUCUCGCAUUUAUGUGCUUCAAAGCCAUCUCCUAUCUUCCUCCAGAAGAGGACCUGAACAUCUGCCUUUACAAUCAAACUCUGCAUGCUAUGGAGAAAAUGCUGCAGAAGCUGCUGGUCAGCCAUCGCACCUCCAGCAGAAAGGAGCUGCAGAACAUCUUGCAGGUGCUUCUGCCCUUCACCAAAUCCCAGAGAAAAACUGUGCGUGAGAGGGCCAUGGAGCAGAUCUGGAAGCUUUGUGGUUUCAUGGCCACCGGUUUCUGUGAGGAGCCAUUUGGAAAACUCCUCCAACCUCCUCAGAGAACAGACAUCGUCCUCAUGGCCCUUGAAAGGACCACUGCAGACUGCGUUGAUGAGGACGAUGCAUGGGCCGAAAUUAUACUGAAAGAAGUUCUGAGACAGCCUGGCAUCUGGCUGAUGCACGUGCCAGUGAUUAUGGGGUUCAUCUACAGACGCUUAAAAAGCAACAAAACAUCAGUUCAGCAGACACUCCUCUCAGUACUUGAUGUGCUGGCCUACCAGUUCCCUAGGCAUGUGCUGACAGCUGUGUUGAUCCACCUUCCACAGACUGACAGCACUACUAUGGAUAUGUGGAAGGGCGUGCUUUCUUCUACACGGUCAUCAGAGAGGGUCUUAGAAGCACUAGUGUGCGCAGUACCUCCUUUCCCUGACUGUGAUUUACCAGACAGUGCACUGUACUCUUUUUCAGGGCUCUUUUUCUCCAGUUCCCUGCUUUUUCCUGUCUUGCCCCCCAGAACAGGAAGCUAGGAAAAUGUAGGGGUUGAUUUGAGGUCAUGGAUGGGUGACCAGGGAGAGCCAUUGUACAGUCUGAGCAGGCAACAUGGUCAGAGUGGGGAAGUGCCUGUGGCCACCCACCUGUGGUGCCUAUUUUGUGCCAGCUCCUGUAGAUUACGCUUUUCACAGGCGUGAUAGCAAGAGGCUGUGGCUGGUCAGGGGGCAGGAGGAGCAGGCUUUGUUUGUCACAGUUUGGUUAUUCCUGGUGAUGUGAGGCCAGGGUUUGGGGACCUGUUCAGCCUCUGUUCAACAGAGCUUCUGCUGCCAGCAUUAACUUUCAGAGCCUUCACUGCUCCCUUUGCUGCCAGCACAAGGCUUGGAGUCUGUCAAGGAUAACUUCCUGGUCCAGGUAAUAGAGGGACAAAGCCUAGGUGAAGCCUUAAUGGACCCAGUGCUUACCAAUGCAUAGGAGUGCAUUUGAGAGGUUAAGAUUGGAGGCAGCCUGGGCUGUACUGACCAUGCCUGUCACAGAGUUAUCUAGAUCAGUGUAUGUCUGUGACAGGGGGAUAGUAGCCCCUUGGUGGAGUUUGUGAUCUUGAAGAAUGUGGGC